GUUGCGUCCUGUGUGCACGAGUCAUAAGGUUUUCUCGUUGAAGUUAACAGCGACCUCUAUUUAUCGGUCUUCUUGUUGGAUGGUUCUUUUGCUUCCGGAGGAUCAUGCCAUUCCAGAGGUUUGUGCAGUCUGGCCGUGUGGCCUACGUGAGUGAUGGCCCUUAUCAAGGCAAGCUGGUCACUAUUGUUGACAUCAUUGACCAGAAUAGGGUUUUAGUCGAUGGUCCAUCAACAGGUGUACCUCGUUGUGAGAUGAGACUCAACGAGCUUCACUUGACAAAAUUCCGUUUACGUUUUCCGUUUUCUGGAUCCACUAGGGUUGUACGUAAAGCAUGGGAUACGGCUAACAUCAAUGAACUUUGGAAACAAACAAUGUGGGCUAGAAAAGUUGAGGCCAAGAAGAAGCGCGCGCAACUCAGUGACUUCGACCGCUUUAAGCUGCGUAAAGCGAGGCAAAUACGCAAUAAAUUGCGGACGAACGCAUUUUUUAGACUCAAAAAGAAAGCCAAGAAAGGUAAAGCUGGUAAAGCUGAUGAAGCGAGUAAGAGCGCAAAAAAAGUUGAAAAGUAACAAAAUUUUGAAUUAAAUACAAAAUUAUUUUAUGAA